AUGGCGAAUAAAGUGGUGCUUGAUUUGGACCUGCUUCGAGGCUCUACACCUCGAGGCCAGGCAACUUAUCUACGCAAUCUUGUCAAAAACAAUGCAGACGCAGAGUCGUCUAUCACUCCUCAGCUUAUCGCGCUCGUCGCUUCAGACUCUCUUCCGUCCAUUGCCCUCUCUUUAUGGCCCUCUGCCUCCAAGGAGCCUCAGACGACUAUAGCAGUGAUUCGACAGGAACACUGCCUCAAUGUACAACAAGCUGCCAUCACACGAUUCUACCGCCUUCUAUGCAAAGAAAAGACAUUUGCAAAGACAUGGGAAGCCGCUGGCGGAGCGACGGGGGUCGCUCAGCUGAUGGCGAAGCUCAGCGUGAGCGGCGUGCGCUCCCUCGUCAAAUGGCUUGGAAUCAGUGGUCGUGCACAAGGUGCCCGCAAAGAACGCCAGAGAGCAACGGAAGAGCUUCUGACUCUGCUCUGGGGACUCGAUGGAGAUGAGAAUGCUGUGCUGGAUAGCCGUCCCUUGCGCGAUGAAUAUGUCAAGAUUCUUCCAGCUUGCGGUGGUGCUUUCAGGUUACAGUGGAAGGAAAUGAAGCGACAGCUCCCUGAUAACUACGAUAUAGCCGUUGAAACGGACCACGAGUUCUUUGAGCAGCACUACGACGAAAAGCUGCGACGCAACGAAAUCAAAGCCUCCGAGUUCUUGACCGCGGUGAAGCCUCUAGUCAUCUACCGCACCCAGUAUGGCUUGGACGUUCUAGACAGGUUCAUCGACAGCGAAACACUGCUUGGAGCUUCUCCAGAUGCCCUCCUUGAGGCAGUAAUCUAUCCGCUAAGCAAGCGGUUUUUGUCAAGACGAAUGAUAACCAGUGACACCACGAUGCGCUUCUGGAGCCGUGUUAUGCUGUGCUUGAAAGAGCGCCAACCAUUUCACAAAGAGUUUCGGAAUUCGAGCGAGCACUAUAAACGGAUCCUUGUUCGUUUGGUCAAAGUAUGGAAUGACUCACGUGGGAGGACUGAGUACUCUGAGAUGUUGACGGAGUUGUUCCCCCUUAUUCCCGAGACUGUUCUGAAGAGACACUCGCUGGUAGAUCUCAUAAAGGACGUCGCCCCGACACGAAGAUAUCAGCUUUUACGCUUGUUCUUGAAACACACGGUAGGGUUUCAGUUUGAUAUUGGAGAGGCCCUUAGCUUGGAGUACUCUGGGCUUAAGAAGUCAUCCAUCCGUUGGCAUCCUGAGCUAUUCUCCCUCUUGCCGGCAGACGAGGCCUUCACCUUGUGGGAGAAAGUACAAAGAGCCGGAAAAGAUGUUGGGUAUUGGGAAAGAUAUCCGACCCCUACGUCCAUUUAUGGUUGCCGGGACCAAGAUGACUUCAAUCUGGCCGACUGCCUCAUUAUUCGAGCCUAUUUGUUGCGCCAGAGUCAGGCCAUUCCUCCAUUUACAGCAGCAGAAUUGGACACUAUACGGUCUGAUCUUCGUCAAGAGGUUUCUAGGAGGAUGAAAAAGGCCACUCAGGGUCGCUUGCCUGAAAUAAGAUCGAAAUGGGCCGUGGCUGCUUUGGAGCUAUGCGUCGCGAUUGGGGAUCUCGAGCUUUACGGAGAAACACUUCGCUGGGCAAGGCGGUUUAAUAAGGAUCCAUUGACGGUUCAAGAAAUCUACGGUGGAUACUUCCUGAGGACAAGAGAACUGACUGACCUUGUGGCUUUUCUGCCCGCCAAAGAAAGUACACCGGUCCACUUUGAAGAGCUCAGCCAACGGAUACAAUCUGCCAAUGACAUCUUGCAGAUUCUCUUUGACACGGCUAUGAUGGGCGUCAAUGAGCCUAGCUUUCGCGGCUGGAGCGAUUGGGGUAAUGCGUUUGAGCUGAUCAAUCGGGUGAUUUGCAAACGUAUAGCCCUUGUCAAUGACUUUCAGGACCGGACCAAGAUAUCAGAUGACGCGCUGUUUGAAGCUUUAUGGAAGCCAACAUUUGCCAUGCUGGAAAAGAUGUUGCCGCAUCAACAUAUUUUUGGUCCCGCCGGUGGAGUAAGAUUUGAUAACAGAGCUUACUCCAGCCUCUCCCGCUUCCAAGUGAAAGACCCCGAAUCUUUGCGCGAGCCCACCAUCAGGUUUCUUGAUCAACUGGCCAGGUAUCACGAUUCAAUAUGGAGAGAGUUUCGCCUCCGGCAUACGCCGGCUUUGGUCACGGCUGAUGAGAUUUGGCCUAAAGGACUGACUAUCCAACACUUGGUGUACGAUUUUGAGUCAGCCCUGCCAUACUUGCCAUAUGGACGGUCGCGGAUCGAAGCCAUUGUGUUUAUGAACCCUCUCAGGGGUUUGCAGCCCAUCCAGAUUGACGAGGAAACUCAGCUGGCCAUUGGACCGUUUAUUGAUAGCUGGGCCGCGGCUCUGCAGCAGUACAUUCGGAUGCCGGGCAAGCUCUCCAAGGAACCGCAGCGGAAAGAACGCAUAUCAAGGGCCUGGCAACAUGCUACCAUCAACCUGAGCAAGGACCGCAUGUCCCCAGAAGAGGCUGAGAGGUUUUGGUGGUCUGUUUUUGAGGGUAUCGGUGUCAAGAAGGAUGAAGUUGGGAUUGAUGAAGAGGCGGAUGAACGACCCGAACCGUCUCUUCCCAAUGCAGAUGAGGAUAUGCAGCCCAUUGAGUGGAAUCCUGACCCUGAGUAUGAACGGAUCUCGCAGACUGAAAAGAGCAAAACGCUUACGCCAACGUGCUUGGAUGUCUUGUUAAGUCGGCCAAAGAAUGGCCACCUGACUAAAUUCAUCUCGGCUAGGGAUUCUGAAUUUGGGAAAGUGAAAUGCGUCAUUCCUCAAAAGCCUCGCCCUUUGUCCUUCUGGGACUCGUUUUCUACCACGUAUUCAAAGCUCACUUGCAAGCAUGUGGAUGCUUAUGUGGUUGCGGGAAUCCUGGCUCUCAACAUGAAGAAAGGCUCUGACAUCUCAUUGCUAAAAAAGCCGCUUCCCAACUCAGAAGCAGUGCGUAUUCCGGCUGUAUAUCUCGAUCAAGAGUUUCUAGAGAGAGAAGUCGACGCGCACGUGUCUGGAUUUACCGGCAUAAUUGAUCAUUUCAAGUAUUAUGUGCCGGCUAGCCUCUUCUCUCAGUUGGGGGCUUCGGUCCUUGAGAGUAUAAGAAGAGGACCGGAAACAGAUAAACCGUUUGGUACGUUGGUAUGGGUAAUCAAUAGGCUCUUGGAAGGGGCCAGCCCUUCGAUGGCGAUCCCUUUGAUCCAGCAAUUUGUCUUGGAGAACCCGGACGCAAGCUCAUGGCAUAGGCCGCUUCUUAACCCAAAGGCUCUCAUUCAUUUCCGCCCUGCCGAUGCGAAGCAUUUUUUUGAAACUUUUACGGAUGCCAUCUUGGAUAAACUCCAAGAACAGGCAGAAAAGCGUGCGAAGCAGAAGUCUGAUGAUGAAUCUGCGAACAAGGGACCGCUUGUUAAAGUCACCACUGUCAAAAUGCUGGCCCAGCUUCUGAGAGAAUCUCCUGUUGUCGAUCCGGGUCUUGCGGUGGAAUUAAACAUCAAGAUUCUCAAGAGAGCAAGCCAUGUUGACAUCCGGACUGCUGCUGUCAAGGGAUUGACAGAGGCUAUAGCUAACACUACGGAUCCCGAGGUAAAGAAGCGCAUAUUCAAUGCGUUACUCGAGUAUGCUGCGCCGAUUGCAUCUUCAAUCAACGAAUCACAGCCGUUGACAGACUGGGAUGCUUUGUCAUCUGAUGACGAGCUGCCUGAAAUUUGGAAAUCUAGUGAUGGAACCUUGACCACUCCCACAAUCAUGGACCUCGUCUUGAAACUAGGAUUCUGGCAGGAUUGGCAGUCAGAAGAAAGCCGGGCGUACAAGAAGCUCAUUUAUACCAUAAUGGAUGCUUCGGCGGAAAACAACCAACGGUGGAUGAAACUAUUUAUCAAGAAACAUGGCUUCACUAUGCCUGAUGAUGCUCAGCUUCCCGCCAUACCCAUGUUUCCGACUGCGCUGGAGACUUUUCUCAGAGUGAUGAAAACCGACAUCUCAGCCAAGUAUGUUGAUAUGGCAAAGCAGUACCUAUUGCUAAGAAUGAAGCUCCCUGACUGGGUUUCUGCUAUAACCGAUGCUGUGAGAGCCGACCGGAAGCUGGUCAGCUCAGACUCGGGUAGGCAUUGGGGCUAUCUAUGGAACCAUGAUUAUGACAGAUUGACAAAAAGUCUCCUCGAGACCAUUCGCCUCCAUCUUACGAAAUUGGAGAAGAAGACGAAUGAUGCAGAAAAUCACGACAAAAAGACUCAACAGAAAGACUCUCAUCAGUCGCUUGCGUCGUUUCUCUUUGAGAUUGCGGAUAUCAUCAUCAUGCAAGGGAACCUGAACAAGUUUGAUCAAUUCGUGAGCGACACAUUGACUGCUACUCGUGACAAUCCUGUUUGGGGGCGGAUUCUGGAGCGGAUCGAUAGCCUUCGAACCCCGGCGUGGCAAGCUGAUCAGAAUCGAAAGCCAGCAGUUCUUCCAGAUACGCUAUCACUCAAGAUCAAGAUGCUGAAUUUGUCCCUCCCAGCUUCAAACCCAGAUGAGAUUAAAGAGGUUGCGGCCAAAUACGCGAAGAAGGCUGUAGGGCUUCUACACGACAUUGUGGCCAGCGGAGUUCCAUAUCAGAACAGUUACAGCGCGCUUCAGAGGGAGUUGGGGAAUGCUCAGCCCAAGGCUUUGAUCGCAAUCAUGAUUGGAUCGACGCCUGCGCUUGACAACCCAAACAACGUGACGUUGGUGGAUCAUCUCCGCGUGGAGCUGGCGAUGAUGAUGUUGGACUCGAGCUGGAUUUUUAAGCAAAAAGGCAGUAUGGCACCUGAAGACGAUGUUUUGAAGAGGGCUGAGGAGCUGGUGAUGAAGGUGAGCAGAAGUAGCCUGGAGAAUUUCCGGAAUUUGGCGGCGCAUUUGAAGGGAAUUAUUGAGAAUACUGAGGGUUGGGGCUUGUUCGACUGA